AGAAGGAAAACACCUAGCUAACGACCAAAGCUAUCGGGCUAACAUCAGUAGCGGUGGUAACAGCUCAGCUGCCUAAAUAACUCUCUUCGUUGAUCAGGUCGAGUCUUCUAAUAUAGGAUGGGGAAAGGCGGUGGCACAUUUGAGAGGCUAAUCGAUAAAGCUACCAGUCAGCUGCUACUUGAGACGGACUGGGAGUCGAUACUGCAGAUCUGUGACCUUAUUCGACAGGGAGACACACAAGCCAAGUAUGCUAUUGGUGCCAUCAAGAAGAAGUUGAACGACAAGAAUCCACAUGUUGCCCUCUAUGCAUUUGAGGUUCUGGAGUCGGUGGUGAAGAACUGUGGGCAGACUGUUCACGAUGAGGUGGCCAGCAAGCAGACCAUGGAGGAACUCAAGGACCUCAUUAAGCAGACCGAGCCGAACGUGCGCAACAAGAUCCUCUACCUGAUCCAAGCCUGGGCGCACGCCUUCCGCAACGAGCCCAAGUACAAGGUCGUUCAGGACACGUACCAAAUCAUGAAGGUGGAGGGACAUGUGUUCCCUGAGUUCAAGGAGAGCGACGCUAUGUUUGCUGCUGAAAGGGCCCCAGACUGGGUGGACGCUGAGGAGUGCCACCGGUGCAGAGUUCAGUUUGGCGUUAUGACUCGAAAGCACCAUUGCCGGGCCUGUGGUCAGAUUUUCUGUGGAAAGUGUUCCUCUAAGUACUCCACCAUCCCCAAGUUUGGGAUUGAGAAGGAAGUGCGCGUCUGCGAGCCCUGCUUUGAACAUCUGAACAACCACCCCUCCCUCUCUCCCCCGCCUAGGAAAGCCGAGGGGGGGAAGGCCAGCGCCGCCGCCGCCGGGCCGGCCGAGCUGCCGCCCGAGUACCUGACCAGCCCACUGUCCCAGCAGUCUCAGGUAGUGGUCCAGGAAACAAUGCCCCCCAAGAGAGACGAGGCAGCUCUGCAGGAGGAGGAGGAGCUGCAGCUGGCCAUAGCGCUCUCCCAAAGCGAGGCCGAGGAGAAGGAGAGGGCGAGGCAGAAGAACUCCUACACGGCGUAUCCCAAAGCCGAGCCCACCCCCGUGACCUCCUCGGCGCCUCCCGUCAGCACGCUGUACUCCUCCCCCGUGAACUCCUCUGCUCCGUCAGCUGAGGAAGUGGACCCAGAGCUGGCCCGGUACCUGAACCGGACCUACUGGGAAAAGAAACAGGAAGAGACCCGCAAGAGUCCCACCCCCUCGGCCCCGGCUCCCGUCCCAUUGGCUGAACCCCCGCCGCCAAUCGCUCAGCCGGUGGAAACUCACCCUGUCCCUGUCCCUGUUCAGCCGGUCAACAUUGUAGUGGAGCCGCAGUACCAGAACGGGGAGUCGGAGGAGAACCACGAGCAGUUCCUGAAGGCCCUGCAGAACUCGGUCACCACCUUCCUGAACCGCAUGAAGAGCAACCACAUGCGCGGGCGCAGCAUCACCAACGACAGCUCGGUGCUCUCGCUCUUCCAGUCCAUCAACAACAUGCACCCCCAGCUGCUGGACAUCCUCAACCAGCUGGACGAGAAGAGACUGUACUACGAGGGUCUGCAGGACAAGCUGGCCCAGGUGCGCGACGCGCGGGCGGCGCUCAACGCCCUGCGGGACGAGCACCGGGAGAAGCUGCGGCGGGCGGCUGAGGAGGCGGAGCGCCAGAGGCAGAUCCAGCUGGCCCAGAAGCUGGAGAUCAUGAGGCAGAAGAAACAGGAGUACCUGGAGAUGCAGAGGCAGCUGGCCAUCCAGCGCCUCCAGGAGCAGGAGAAGGAGCGCCAGAUGCGUCUGGAGCAACAGAAGCACACCAUCCAGAUGCGCGCCCAGAUGCCUGCCUUCUCCCUGCCCUAUGCCCAGAUGCAGUCCUUGCCCCCCAACGUGGCGGGGGGCGUGGUGUACCAGCCCGGGGCCCCGCCCAGCUACCCCGGGACGUUCAGCCCCGCGGGCUCGGUGGAGGGCUCCCCCAUGCACAACGUCUACAUGGGCCAGCCGGGCCAGAACCCCCCCGGACAGUACCAGGCCAUGCCGCCCGCAGAUCCCAAUAUGGUCAACGCGUAUAUGUACCAGACUGCGGGAACCAACGGGCAACCCGCACCUCCUGGCCAGGCCCCGCCCACAACGUCCCCGCCCUACUCUAGCUAUCAGCCGACGCCCACGCAGGGCUACCAGAACGUAGCCACCCAGCCGCAGAGCGUCCCCAACAUGCCCCAGUCGGCCCCCACCAACGGGAUGGCCUACAUGGGCUACCAGCAGUACGGUAUGCCGGGCAUGAUGGCAGCCCUGCCGGGGCAGGACCCCAACAUGGCCCCCCAGCAGCCCUACAUGGCGGGCCAGCAGCCCAUGUAUCAGCAGAUGGCGCCCCCUGGUGGACCGCAGCAGCAGGGGCAGCAGCAGCAGCCCCAACAGGUCGUGCCCGGUAGUGCAGAAGCACAGCUCAUCUCCUUUGACUGACCAUCGCAACACUGCCAUGCCCGCAAACAACAACAACAACAACAACAACAACAACAACAACAACAACAACACACUACUACACCUUCUCCCUCCGGUCCUCUCCUCCCCCCUUUCCUUCCUUGGACUCCCAGCGCUGCCAUCGGGAAACAACACAAGGCUCGUCCUAUACGCUCCAUCCCGCUGUGACGUCGUGGCAACGUGAAAAUGUCGUGAAGAUGUCGCAGGACUCUCCGUCUUGCCCGCCUGUUCUUACUCACCCAACCACGCAAAGGAGAGUGGGUGAGGAAAGGGUGUGCCACACUCUCUCUCUCUCUCCAUCGCUGUGUCUCCCUCUCCCUCUCUCUCUCUCUCUCUCUCUUUCUCUCUCCCCCCCCCAGACAUGUAUGCAUCUAUUUCAUAUUAUUAAACAAAUUGCGGCUAAAUAGUCGGAUAUAAGAAAAAAUUUAACAAUGGAAUAGAGAUUGGAGUGGGGUGGGGAAGGAAAUAAGCAUGUAGCAAAUGCUAUCUCGUAUUUUUCUAAAGCGAAAUGCACGUGUGUUUAUCUGGAGCGAGUAUUGCGCCUCGUUCUGACACCAUCGUGGUGGAGGGUAGUUGUAUCUGGAGUUCAAAAGACCCGCUGUAAUGUUGGUGAAUGAGAAAUGGUCAGAGGGGAGUUGUCAAACGCUGAUCCCUCCUCGACUUAACAUUUUGAGUCAACAUUCCACUGUGGUAACCUCUCAUAUAUUCCCAAACACAUGCAGUCAAGGCAAAGCCUCACCGAUCUGGCGGUUUACUUUGGGCAAAAGGCAAUAGGUUAUUAAUAACAUGCUGCAAGGGGCCUUUAACGGGAAUCAUGAUAUGAAGAGAACAUGACGUAAGUAGUGAAAGGUAUGCUGAUCGGCCAUGUUAUAUAAGUACUAUAGCUGCAAUGACCCAACAUCCUUUUCCCAGCUAUAACGAUGUGCUUUGUUUUAAUUGAGAUAGCUUGUGUUGCCUGAUUCAAAAGCACCGAGUCAUAACAAGAUAUAUAUCCCACCUACUGCAUUAUCUGUUUAUCUAUUGGACAUAGGUUUUUAACACUUAAAAUCUGCAAUGGAUGUUUGCUUUUGUUUUAUGUUAUGUUCAUGGGGUCUCUUAAAAAGCAUCACAUGCUAGGGUGGAUGAAGGUGAGGUGGUGCAUGUGUGUAACAUACACUCACACACACGCUGAUUUCUGUAAUUCUUAAUUGCCAUCUGUGAUCUUUUAUUCUCAAUCUGUCUGAUUUCAAAGUAAUUUUACGAUUUUAUUUAAUAAAUAUCUUGUCGUCCAUUUGCUUCGUUCUCACCCUUUUGUGAGUAUGUCCUUUGAGUGUUUGAUGCUUAAUAUGCCACCAUUGACACGAUUAGUAAAUUAAUGUAUAAUGACUCAACAGUUCUGCGUUACAUUCAUGUAUUCGACUUUCGCUUAUCAUCUGACGUAGAACCAGGUAUUGAGAAAAAUAAAUACACAAAUGUUUUGUUUUCACCCCAUAAUGUUGCUAUGUGCUAUGGAAACAUAGUAGUUAUGUGCUCUGUUUUAAGCUGGAUCCAUCUUAGACUCCUUCACAGCCUUCUGAAGAUAAGGCAUUUCUUGUAAUCCUCCAUUUCAAUCUACGGGAAACAAAAGGUUCAUAAAUCAAUAUGUGCACACACUAUAGCAAAGAUAGAAACAUAUUAAAGGGCAAUCAUGUGCAAUCGAGCUACUUACUAUCCUUUCCAUCCGCAGUCGGUUACCAAAGGCAAGUUGUCUCAGUACGUCUAUGUCUGGGAGCCCCCAUUCUGGAUUCCUGUUAAAAGUGUACGUUAAUCACCCCUUCAGACAGUACUACUACUUAAAUAAAAAGUCUGCUUCUUAAUAUGAAUUGACUGUUCUUAGGAAGCUCACAUCUUUUUUAUCUCUGCAUCCAAGUCUUCAUUGCAACUUGGAGUAAUCAUGCCAUUCAUUGCAUAUGCCUGGGAACGAACAAAAAUGUUCACACACCAAGUUUUUGAAAAGGCUGAUUACGCCACGGGAACCUUUGAGAUACUAACAAUAUACUUGCCCCAUAAAUGAUCAGAAUACCAUCUUCUUUAAGGAUCUGACCUGCUCCAAUGAAAACACCCUGGUGAUAUGCACAAUAAAAUAACAAUAUGUAAGUCUGGAACUGAUUUGAGAUCAGAACUAUUUUCAAGUGAGUUAACAUGUAAUAACAUGCAACAUAAAUAAACACAUUUACCUGGGCCGUUGUGAAGGAGCUGUACUGCAUCAGGUUGAUGGCGACGACGACAUCACAGGAGAUGUGGGUGAGACCCGCCCACUUGUCCCAGGGCUC